AAGAAGAAUAAUUUCUUAGAAGAAAUGAGUGAACACAUUGUGACAGUUGGAAGUAGAAGAAUAGCUUCUGACAGUCUUUUCCAUUUCUUCUACCUCUUCCUUGAUAAAUUGACAAAUUUGUAUUCCAUGCUUCAUCUAUUCUAAUAUUAUCAUUGUUCUUCUAAUGGAUGGAUGAUUAAGGGACGCCGUGUGCACAAAAUGGAAGAUAGGUUUUCUUCUGUUUUGGUUAGUUUGUUUUCGAAGACCAUAUAGGUUCUCUUGAGGCUUAGAGCUCUGUAUUUAGUGAAGUUAGUAUUUGUCGGAAGUAAUCUGUAGAUUGCAGCUUGCAGAGUUCUGUGAGAGCAAUAAAGAAUCAGCAACGUUUCUUUGAGAAUAGUUGCACAAAUCGCCGUUCUUUUUCCACAGUUCUUUCAAAUAGACCUGUGUUUUCGACCGGCGAAAAGUGAAACAAGUCCUGUAGCAAAGUUACUCUUUUAGAACUUGAUAUUUCUACAAGAGUUGGUUAUUCAGGAAACACACAAAUAGGAAUAUUUUUCAUUGGCAUUUGAUAUCUGGAAGUUGAUAGAAUGGACCAAGAAACUCGUGAGCGAGUGCAACAAACAGCUGAAUAUAUUGUUCGUAAAGAUUAUAGCGUUUCUGACGUCUUUCGAAAGCGCCUUUAUGAAAAAAACUCAAGGUUUGCCUUUCUUUCUCCAAGGCGGUCGCAACACGACCUCAUCCUUGAAGAACUGGAAGAAGCUGUCCAUCGACUAAGAGCUAAACGAAAACAUAAAACAGAACAAGAAUACAUAAGAGAGACUAAAUUGCCAAAGUAUGAUAAAACAGUAGACGACCAUAGGGACAGAUUGGCUAUAGUUCCUAUGGGUCAUACUCAACGCAACACCUUCAUCUCCAGUCACUUGGUCCACUGCAAGUGCAGAGCUAAGGGACAAAGUUGAAGCUUUUUAUUCUUUGGUUGAAC